AAAAUAACAAUAUUGUGGGAUCAUUUAGAGUAUUAAAACUUAAGCAUUCUGAAAAAAGAGAGAGACUCCAAUGAAGUUCAUUUGCAUUCUGGGAUUGCUUGCAGUGGCUAUUAGCUUCAACAAGGUUAAUGGGGCGAGUCCGUGUGGAAAGUCGACUCCAGAUGAGGAGGCAAUGAACCUUGCCCCUUGUGCAAUUGCUGCACAAGACGCAAAAGCUUCUGUUUCUGAUGGUUGUUGCAAGCAAGUGAAGAGAAUAGGGGCAAACCCUAGCUGUCUCUGCGCAGUUCUGCUCUCCGACACUGCUAAAUACUCCGGUGUGAAGCCUGAAGUCGCCAUUACCAUUCCUAAACGCUGCAACUUUGCCAACCGCCCAGUCGGUUACAAGUGUGGAGCUUAUACCCUUCCAUGAUUUGGAUCUAGAGAAACGGAUUUAGAAGGCCCUGUAUUGGAACUGUUGGCUACUAGUGUCACCAAGUAGAGCUUACUGCUUGUGAUUUAAUAAUGCUAGUAGCUUGUAUAAUUUUACUGUACCUUCAAUAAAUACAUUAUGGAACCUCAGUAUCA